GAUUUGGGGACGUAUUAAAAUAUGUUAUUGCACCACUCAAAUUUAGUUAAAUAUAUAGUGGGAUCAACGUGUGUCAUAAAAUAAUAAAAUAAGAUCUUUUCAAGUAUAUAACAACACAAACACAAAGAUUUUAUCUUCCUUAAACCACUCUUCACAAUGGAAAUGAUGUUAAUUUCUGUUUGCUUGGCCAUCUUCUUAGCUUUUCUCUUCCUUAAACCACUAUUCACAAGAACCACCACCACCACCAAGCUUAAGCUACCACCCUCUCCGUGGCGACUUCCGGUCAUAGGAAAUCUCCACCAGCUCAGCCUCCACCCUCACCGCUCUCUCCAUUCCCUCAGCCUUCGCUCUGGGCCACUCAUGCUCCUUCACUUUGGUUGCGUCCCUACGAUCGUAGUCUCCUCCGCUGACGUAGCUCAUGACGUGUUGAAAACACACGAUCUAAACUUUUCUAAUCGCCCGAGAACAAGAACGGUCGAAAAACUUUUUAAAGGGACAGAAAUAGCCUUUGCCCCCUAUGGAGAAUAUUGGAGGCAGAUGAAGAGUAUUUGCGUUAUGAAUCUCCUUACCAACAAAACGAUUCGAUCCUUCGAGAAUAUAAGAGCAGAAGAGAUCAAUUUAUUAAUGGGGAAGCUUGCGAAAGCGAGUUCUUCUUCUUCACCAGUAAACCUAAGCAAGCUCUUCAUUAGUUUUUGUCACAUCCCGAUCUACUAA